UUAACAGAAGCUCUACAGGAACAAGCGCAAAUGUAACAGCAUGAACUAUUAUGCAAUAACCCAGUAUAAAGUAUCGCUGGGUCUAGUUUUCGAAAUGCGCAUUUGCAUAGUGUUGAAUGAUUCUGUGGGCCAUUCGUCGUGCCUGUAUCAAGCAGUCAUCACACAGCAUGACGACAUUGUAUUUUCACAGAGCGAACUAGACAGGAAUCAGAUGACAUAGUCUCACACAGAUGUGAGUAAUCUGUCAUUUACUAGCAACAUUAAAAGUCACCCUCUGCACUAUUUCCCCCAGUCACACCCCGGUACAUUUUAGAUUCUUAACGAGAAAAGGGGCGUUAUUUAUUUGCACCCUGUUUAUAAGACUAUAAAAAUCAUGUGCAGUGAUGUAAACAUAGGAUUCGUAUAGAACCAUCACUAAAAUAAUACGCUCAGCAGGCUAUUAUGGAUAUUUUGAAUGAAUGAGUCUAAAACAAAACACAUGGUGGAUAAAUGAAUGGAUGAUUGCAUGACAUAAUAUGUGUGAUGUAACUGGGCAAUAUUAGUCAAAUUGUGGAAAAAGGACAGAAUCGUGUUUUUAGUCUACUAUUUAUGUAUGCUAAUGGGGAGACUAUAUGGUGGUGCCAGUUAAAUAGCAUCAAGAGCAUCAUGUGAUUGUAGGCCUAUAACCUAUUUACCAACCUGGACUCUAAAGUCAGUGCCCUUCCAACUUCGCUUGCACCGCACCUUGUUCGACAUCCUCCUCGUCCUCUCCACGCAGCGACUUCUGCAGCUGAUCAAAUCUGAUCUGAGUCACGCAUACCCAUAGAAUUAGGAGUUAAUAUACUAACAAUAUACUAAGGAUCUCGUACCAUUGAAGCCAUCAUCUGGAAUCCUGAAACAAUUAAAGUACAAUAAGAACUGAUCCCCUGUUCUCCAUCAGGUCACCUACAGCAUAUAGCCCAAUGCUAGACAAGUAAGCUUAUUCUAGUUCAGGGCCACGGUUAACUAGGCUACUAACAGUAUCAUAUAUGACUGUAAACUAUCUCUGUUAUACAUGCACACAUGAUCGUAUAUCAUCUGAAGAGCAAUACAAGUGCAUUGCAAUAGGUUCAUCUUUAUAUAGGCCUAGGAUUUUGAUAGAAACGCCUUUCAUUUUGAUAACAGAUUGUUUUACUUCACACAAUUCCUUUUUAUAGCCUAUCUUUAUCGGAUCAGCUGCCUUUGCUUGAGCAAAAAGACUUCAACUUCCAGGGAGCAAAGUCCACGCAGAAAAUGUAGUCCUUCUAAAGAACUACAGUACGUAUUCUUCUCUUUUCGUGUCAACAACCAGAAGUGGUCUAACAACUAUAGUCUACAAUCAAGUAAUAACGAGGAGCUAUUUGGCCAGUGUUUGUGUUGGUCUGAGGUGGUGAUCAGCGUCAUGGAGGUGGUUAUGAACAUCCUGAUGAUACCAGUACCAGGUGGAGUAUCUGUGUCCCUGUUCAUGAUCUUCCUGGCUCUGCUCUACUGGUAUGCUACAUUCCCCUAUUCAGCCCUGGCUCGAUGUGGAAUCAGGCCGUCCCCGUUCUUUGGGAACAUGUUUCUAUUUCGUCAGGGCUUUUCCGGUGUUCACAUGGACCUGAUUCACAAGUAUGGGAGAGUAUGUGGAUACUAUCUAGGCCGGAGGCCCGUGGUGGUGGUAGCUGACCCUGACAUGCUCAGACAGAUCAUGGUAAAGGACUUCAGCACCUUCCCUAACAGAAUGAUGAUCCGGGCUGCCACUAAGCCCAUGAGUGACUGUCUGCUGAUGCUGAGAAACAAGCACUGGAAGAGAGUACGCAGCAUCCUCACCCCCUCCAUCAGCGCAACCAAGAUGAAAGAGAUGGGUCCUCUGAUCAACAUGACCAUGGACACCCUGCUCACCAACCUGCUUGGACAUGUCCAGUCUGCAGAGAGCUUUGACAUUCACAGGUGUUUUGGCUGUUUCACCAUGGACGUGAUAGCUAGCGUGGCCUUUGGCACCCAGGUGGACUCUCAGAAGGACCCAGAUGACCCAUUUGUUCACCACGCCCAGAAGUUCUUCUCUUUCUCCUUCUUCAGACCCAUCAUGUUCGUCUUCGUUGCUUUCCCAUUCCUGGCUCCACUGGCCCGGGUCAUCCCCAACAAGAGGAGGGAUGAGAUGAACAACUUCUUCAUCAACUGUAUCCAGAAGAUCAUCAGACAGAGAGAUGAGCAGCCUGUUGAAGAGCGGCGGCGAGACUUCCUGCAGCUGAUGCUGGACACGCGCAGCACCAAGGAAUGUGUCUCUCUUGAACACUUUGAUGUGGUGAACCAUGCUGAUGAACUGGCCCACACACACCACUCCGGGGAACAAGGAAAUGGUGGCGCCGGCAGCCACGAGUCGCCCAACAGGCGCUCGGUCCAGACCCAGAAGAGGAUGAUGUCGGAGGAUGAGAUAGUGGGCCAAGCGUCUGUGUUCUUCCUGGCGGGUUACGAGACCAGUAGCAACACGCUGGUCUUCACCUGCUACCUCCUGGCUCUACACCCAGAGUGUCAGCUGCAGGCUGAGGUGGAUGACUUCUUCACCAGAUAUGAUUCACCAGAUUAUACCAAUGUGCAGGAUCUGAAAUACCUAGACAUGGACAUAUCUGAGGCUCUGCGUCUCUAUCCUCCUGGUUUCAGGUUUGCCCGGGACGUAGACGAGGACUGCAUGGUCAACGGACAGUUCCUACCGAAGGGAGCCACUCUGGAGAUCCCUGCAGGCUAUCUGCAUUAUGAUCCAGAGAACUGGGCCGAACCAGAGAAGUUCAUCACUGACAGAUUCACAGCGGAGGCCAAGGCCAGCAGACACCCUUUUGUGUACCUGCCGUUUGGGGCGGGGCCCCGCAGCUGUAUGGGCAUGAGGCUGGCCCAGCUGGAGAUCAAGAUGGCCCUGGUGCACGUCUUCAGGAAGUUCAACAUCGUGGCCAGCACAGACACUAAGGUUCCUCUGGAGUUGAAGUCUCACACCACGCUCGGUCCUAAGAAUGGCAUCUAUGUUAAAAUCACUAAAAGAGAGACAGAGGGGGAACCAGUGACUCCCCCUGCACAAAAAGAAUAGAAGCUCUGUUCUCCUUUAUCGGCUCUUAUGAAACUGAUACAUCAUCCAUCCAAUGACUGCUUAUGUGAAGUAGCGCUAACCUAGCCUGGUCCCAGAUCUGUUUUUGCUGUUUUGCUAACUUCUAUGGUCAUUCUCACCGGUUUGGUGCUGUCCCUUUAGAUACUAGGACCGGGCUAGCAUUAACCUCUUCUUUAACUAGAAAAUCUCAAUGCACGUGCCUAUCCCUGAGGGAAGUGGACCGAGGAGCAGCAGCAUUACUAUGAUAAAUGACCAUUAGCACAUGAAAAGUGAGGUUGGGCCAGGGGCGGCUAACCUUUUUAAUCAGGCAGUGUGCUGGACAGAGGUCAACACCUCAUCAAGGCCCACGAGGCCCCUGCCAAUGGCACAUCGAUCGCCAAGGUGAUUCUGGAGGACUAGUGAGAGAGAGAAAGAAGCAGGCUGGGGGAAAUCACAUUGCUCAUGUCUCCGCCCUAACAAUGGGAGUCGUUGUCCCGAAAGCGGGAAGGCAGGCGACAAGCAUAAGUCCAAAAGAAGACCAUAGAGACGGGCUUAUUUUGGCGAGAGUGAAACCUCUCGCUUCGCCUCUUCCUCUCUGGUUGGGGGGAGAGGAAGACUAUGGAAAAGGCUGUUCUGAUUACAAUAGAACAACAACACACUUUGACCUCUGUAUAAUUUCAUAUUGGAGUAUUGAUGUUAACAUGCCCGUGAACUAUUAAAUCAUCACUGUAUGUCUAAUAAA